GCGAGGGAGUGUGGGGGGGGGGAGCGGAGAGGGGGGGCGAAUUGGGAGCGCUGUUUUCCGCCGCGGCCGCUGACAGGGCCCGCCGAGAGGCUCCUCCUCCUCCUCCUCCUCUCGUCGUCGUCGUCGUCCUGUUCCACCCGCUUCCCCGAAGUCAGCAUGGCGGUCAAGGUUCAAACAAUCAAAAGAGCAGAUCCAAAUGAACUACGCAAUAUAUUUUUGCAGUAUGCCACUGUUGAAAAAGAUGGAGAACGUUACAUGACACCAGGAGACUUUGUGCAGAGAUACCUAGGACUAUAUACGGACUCUCAGUACAAUCCUAAAACAGUGCAGCUGUUGGCUGGAGUGGCCGAUCAGACAAAGGAUGGGUUGAUCUCCUUUCAAGAGUUUUUGGCGUUUGAAUCAGUUUUGUGUACACCGGAUGCCAUGUUCAUUGUUGCUUUUCAGUUGUUUGACAAGAGUGGCAGUGGCGAAGUGACCUUUGAAAAUGUGAAGGAAAUAUUUGGACAGACUAUUAUUCACCAUCACAUCCCUUUUAACUGGGACUGCGAAUUCAUUCGAUUGCACUUUGGACAUAAUAGAAAGAAACACCUGACAUACUCAGAAUUCACUCAGUUUUUACAGGAGCUGCAAUCUGAACAUGCAAGGCAAGCAUUUGCUCUGAAAGACAAAAACAAAACAGGCACGAUCACUGGUUUGGAUUUUGGUGACAUUAUGUCCACUAUUCGUUCGCACAUGCUCACUCCUUUUGUGGAAGAAAAUUUAGUCUCGGUUGCGGGUGGAUCUAUUUCACACCAAGUCAGCUUUUCUUAUUUCAAUGCAUUCAAUGCCUUGCUGAACAACAUGGAGCUUGUUCGAAAGAUAUACAGCCUCAUAGCAGGUGCUAGAAAAGAUAUUGAAGUUACAAAAGAGGAAUUCUCUCAGUCUGCAAUCAAAUUUGGACAAGUUACACCUUUGGAAAUUGAUAUUCUUUAUCAGCUGUCUGACUUGUAUAAUGCUACAGGACGCUUAACAUUAGCAGACAUUGACAGAAUAGCCCCCUUGGCUGAAGGGGCAUUGCCCUACAACUUGGCAGAACUGCAGAGGCAGCAAUCUUACGACAAUAUAGGCAGACCGGUCUGGCUCCAGGUAGCUGAGUCAGCGUACAGGUUCACCCUGGGCUCAAUUGCUGGAGCUGUUGGGGCUACGGCUGUCUAUCCGAUAGAUCUUGUGAAGACACGUAUGCAGAAUCAGCGCUCAAGUGGGUCCGUUGUAGGAGAGCUGAUGUACAAAAACAGCUUUGAUUGUUUUAAGAAAGUAUUGCGAUACGAAGGCUUUUUUGGCCUAUACCGAGGGUUACUCCCACAGCUUAUUGGUGUUGCUCCAGAAAAAGCAAUAAAACUUACAGUGAAUGACUUUGUCAGAGAUAAAUUCACAAAAAGAGAUGGUUCCAUUCCACUGCCGGCAGAGAUCCUUGCAGGAGGCUGUGCAGGAGGUUCCCAGGUCAUCUUCACGAAUCCCCUGGAGAUUGUCAAGAUUCGUUUGCAAGUGGCAGGGGAGAUCACCACGGGUCCUAGAGUGAGCGCCCUCACUGUGCUCAGGGACUUGGGGAUUUUUGGUCUUUACAAGGGUGCCAAAGCGUGUUUCCUCCGAGACAUUCCCUUUUCUGCUAUCUAUUUUCCCGUGUAUGCUCACUGUAAACUGAUGCUGGCGGAUGAAAACGGCCACGUGGGAGGAUUUAAUCUUCUCACAGCUGGUGCUCUUGCAGGUGUUCCUGCUGCUUCCUUGGUGACCCCUGCUGAUGUCAUCAAGACCAGACUGCAAGUGGCUGCCCGCGCUGGCCAAACAACAUACAGCGGGGUGAUUGACUGCUUUGGAAAGAUACUUAGAGAAGAAGGCCCCUCUGCUUUCUGGAAGGGAGCUGGAGCACGAGUGUUCAGAUCUUCACCCCAGUUUGGUGUUACUCUAGUGACCUAUGAGCUUCUGCAGCGCUGGCUGUAUGUUGAUUUUGGAGGCAUCAAACCGUCUGGCUCAGAACCUGCACCCAAGACUCGAAUCUCAGACCUUCCUCCUGCUAAUCCUGACCACAUUGGUGGAUAUCGACUUGCGACAGCUACUUUUGCUGGGAUAGAGAGCAAAUUUGGCCUCUCUCUGCCAAGAUUUCGAUCUGCAGUCCUUACUUCAGUGCAGCCCAAAGCAGCAGCAGCAACAGAAUCUUGAGCUGAUUGGCCAAGUGGCAGAAGAGAGGCAGUGGACAGACAGUGCUCUGCUUCUCCAGUCAGCUGCAUGAGGCACUGGGGAAGAGAGGCUUGCCACUGAAUCACUCCUUUCUAUACAAAACACAGCUAAUUAUUUGCACACAGAAGACUGAUUGAUGCUUUAAGUUCUUUCUACACAUAGACCUCUUCUUUUUCCCAUCCCAAAGGCAUGACUUAGUAAUCGGGGCUUGGCUUUGCACAGCUUGCACUUCCAUGUUACUGUACAUAUUGUACAUCUUUGUACAGAGACAUCAUGGCAUUGAAAAGCAACUGCGUUUGUAGAAACAGGGACUGGCAUUCUAAAGGGUUUGAAAUGUACAGAAUGUUUUGAAAGAGUUUUAUUAAAAAUCAUGUGACAAUAAAAUUUAUUUAAAAUCAACAAA